UAAAGUGAGGGAAGGGGCUACCAUAUAAUCGGCGCAAAGAUCAGGGAGAGGAGCAAAAAUGGUGUUGAGUGAGAAGCAAGAAGCUUUGGUAAAGGAGUCUUGGGAGCUGAUGAAACAUGAUGUUCCUCGACACAGUUUUCGUUUAUUUACACUGAUCAUGGAGAAAGCACCAAGGGCAAAGGACUUGUUCUCAUUUCUAAGGGAUACGGAUGAAAUUCCAGAGAACAAUCCCCAGCUCAGGGCACAUGCUGCCAAAAUUUUCAAGCUGACUUGCGAAUCAGUAGUGCAGCUGCGAGAGAAGGGGGAAGUGGCGGUUGGCGAUACUACUCUCAAGUGGUUGGGAUCAGUUCAUCUCCAGAAAGGAGUUCUUGAACCCCAUUUUGAGGUUGUGAAAGAAGCAUUGCUGAAAACGAUCCAAGAGGCUGCGGGAGAAAAAUGGAGCGAGGAAAUGAAGAAUGCUUGGGGAGAAGGCUAUGAUCACUUGGCAGCAGCAAUUGUGCGUGAGAUGCAGGUCCAGGCUGCGGCUUCAUCAAAGCCUAUUGCUUAACAGCCAAAUCAAGAUUUUAAUAGUUUAUUAGAGUCAGUUAUAGUAAUUUUAUUAUUUAAGAAUUGAUGUUUUAUUAUGUAAUUUAUUGCGUUUGUCAAGGCUUGUUUGCUAAAUCAUCUACGUCAUAAAUAAAAAGUCUUAUUGUUGUCA